AUGGCGCAGCAGGGGCCUGCGGCGGUGGCUCCGUACCUGGCAGGACGAGAUGACGGGCGGCCGUUCCAACAUUCUCACGCUUCGGCCGAGCAUGCGGCGCUGGUGCAGUCGAGAGAGACGGGCGACGUGCUCCCAGACGACAGUCCGAGGGGGCAGGUGAAGGCUUUGCCGUUUGCGAAGUCGUGGGUGCACUUUAUGGCUGGCGGAAUUGGCGGCAUGACCGCUGCGGCAGUCACGGCGCCGCUCGACGUCCUCAAGACGAGGCUGCAGUCCGACUUCUACCAGGCUCAGAUCCGCGCAUCCAGAGCGGCGCAGGCGCAGGCGCUGCGGAGGCUGAAUCCGGUGCGCAGUGCCAUGUACCACCUCUCGGAGACGCUGCAGAUCCUGGGCUCGGUGUAUCGCACGGAGGGGCCGCGCGCCUUGUUCAAGGGCCUGGGACCCAACCUGGUGGGCGUGAUCCCCGCCAGGAGCAUCAACUUUUACGUGUACGGCAACGGCAAGCGGCUCAUGGCCGAGUACUGGAACGGCGGCGAGGAGGCGCCGUGGGUGCAUCUCAUGGCCGGCGUCACGGCCGGCGUGGCCACGAGCACGGCAACGAAUCCCAUCUGGAUGGUCAAGACGAGGCUGCAGCUGGAUAAGAACGUGUCGGAGCGCAGCGGCGGGGCGACGAAGCGGCUGUACCGCAACAGCUGGGACUGCGUCAAGCAGGUCGUGCGGGACGAGGGCGUCAGGGGCCUGUACAAGGGCAUGAGCGCGAGCUAUCUGGGCGUGGUGGAGUCGACGAUGCAGUGGAUGCUGUACGAGCAGCUCAAGGCCUACUUGGUCCGCAGAGAGACGGCGAUCCAGGCCAGCGGAAGGGCCAAGACGUGGUGGGACAAGGUGGUGGACGUCACGGGCAACGGCGGCGCUGCCGGAGGCGCAAAGCUGGUUGCUGCCGUCAUUGCCUAUCCUCACGAGGUUGCGCGAACUCGUCUACGACAGGCUCCCAUGGGAGACGGCAAGCUCAAGUACACCGGCCUGAUACAGUGCUUCAAGCUCGUCUGGAAGGAAGAGGGCCUCAUGGGCCUCUACGGCGGACUGACGCCUCACCUGAUGCGCACUGUCCCAAGCGCGGCAAUGAUGUUUGCCAUGUACGAAGUCAUCCUGCGCUUCUUCCACACGCCAGCCUAA